UCGGGGGACAGCAAUUAGGGAACAGAGAGCGGUGACCAGUCUUCUGCAUCCUGGGACAGCUCCUCCUACUCUUGUCCGACGAGGACUACAUAUCCCAGUUGCCAUUGCGGAGAACCGCACGACCACCUCCGGUAGAAACCGGAAGUCAGUGUCGCUGCCGCCCCUGAGACCCGGGAGUCUCGGGUGGAGUUGUUGGUGUGUUUCUGAGUUGUAUUUUUGCAACUUGGGUCUCCACAACUUAUUUCUCAUCCCUCAGUUGUAUGCUUUCAAGGUGAAGUCCUUCUACAAAUGAAGAUCCAGGAAGGAGUGAAAGGGGCAGGAAGGAAUCGAGUUGGUUAAAGCCGUAUCCCUGGGCUUAGUGACUUUCACAGAUGAGUAUGGACGGCUGAGUCUUGCCCGGAGGAGUUUGUACGAAGGCGAUGCUGGGCGACUGCAGGAACUUGGUGGCCGUGGGUAAGGGUAGCACUGGCACUUACUGUGACUCAGUAUCUCCUCAGGCCUUUUCCGUCUUCCAGCACUGUCCCCCUUCAAGACUGCUGGUUCUCAACCUUCAGGUCACAUGACCUCUUAGUGGAGGAUCUAAUGAGCCUUUCACGGGGUUGCCUUAGAGCAUCGGAAAGCACGGGUAUUUUACAUUAAGAUUCAUAACAGUGGCAAAAUUACACUUAGGAAGUAGCAACGAAGACAGUUUGAUGGCUGGGGUGGGGGUUACCACAACAUGAGGAACUAUGUGACAGGGGUCGCAGCGUCAGGAAGGUUGAGAGCCGCUGGCUGAUUCAGACCAACCGUAGCUCUUGCUUACAAACUUCACUGCCGACUUUCACAUCUUACAUACAGGUCUUUGCAUUUUUAAGCCAGAUGUGGUCCCGUUACUGCAGCGAGAGAAGGAGCCGUGGGUGAUAGACAGGUGUCCGGAGGUCCGUGCCCAGUCCUUAGGUUUUGAGUCCUGUUCCCGAGGAAACUCGUAGGACCCUGGACCAGAGAAGUCAAAGCUUGCCGUGGAAGCGUCACCUCCUCCUGAGGAGAUGCAGAGCCUCAGGACUGAGCAGACCCAGGGACUGCUGCCUCGGGACAGCCGGGCGUGGGAGAAGCCAAGCCACCCCACCUUCCCCAAGGACUGGGAGGCUGUGGAGGUCGGGGCCUCCAGCUGCGACAGCGAUGAGAAAGAUCUGUCCUCCCAAGAGACUGGGUUGUCUCAGGAAUGGAGUUCAGUAGAGGAAGACGAUGAGUCAGAGGACUCCCAGGGCUUUAUGGAGUGGUCCAAAGCUCCACAGCAAACAACCAUCGUGUUGGUAGUGUGUGUGCUGUUCCUGUUCUUGGUUUUAACUGGGAUGCCCAUGAUGCUCCACAUUUAACUGUCACGGUAGCUACUGUAUGGAAACUUAAGCCCCGUGUCCCAUUAAAGAACUGUCCUCCUGGCUAGAAACCAGGAAUGGGUACUGAUCAUUACAAAAUGCCUUUCAAGCAUCCAUGGAGAUGAGUCUAUUAUUAUUUUUAAUUUGUUUAUUUUAAAGAUUUAGUUUUAAUUAUGUAUGUGUGUCUCUGUGUGUGUGUAUGUGCUAUUGUGAGUGCAGUGCCUGCAGAGGCCAGCAGAGGGAGUCUGAUCCCUGCAGCUGGAGUUGUAGGCAGUUGUGAGUUGCCUGACAUGGGUGCUGGGAGCAGAACUCUGGUUCUCUGCAAGAGCAGUAAGCACCCUUGACUGCUGAGCUGUCUCUCCAGCUUCAUGAGUUAAUUUUUAGUAUGAGUUUUUUUUCCAUUACUGAAAUUCAUUUAAAUAAAUGUAUCAUUGAAGGAAUACAUCAUUGAUUGUAAAAACACAUAUUAUUUUGUAUACUGCUGAGAAUUUUCCUUAUUGCUGAGAAAGAGAAAUGUGUAUUAAUUGUAAGACAUUAUGAAUAAGAAGACAUCUCUUCAGAGAAGGUGAAAAAUGUGCAACUUAGGGUCAAUGUUGAACCAUCUUCCAUCUUCUAAAAAUAUUAUAUUACAGUUUAAUGUUUUGCUUACAUGUGUGUCUGUGUAUCGAGUGUGUGCCUGGUGCCUGUGGAGUUCAGAAGAGGAUGUUGGAUCCCUUAAAACUGGAGUUAUAGAUGGUUUUGAACUACAGUGUGGGUGCUGGGAAUUGAACCUGGGUCCUUUGGAAGAGCAGCCAGUGAUCUUAGCGCUGAACAUCUCUCCAGCCUCAGCAUCGUAGCAUCUUCAGUAUGUAUAGUCCUUCCAUAUGCUGCCUUCUUUUUCUUGCUGUUUUAUGUAAGGACUCUUGCCUCUGUCUUCACGUGUUCAUUUGGUGCUAUUUUUGUGAAGUUUUGGUCUCAUGGUUUAAGCUUGCAUCACUGAGAGAGCUGGGUAACUUUUUACACUUUUUAAUGCUUUUGAAUAAUUUCCGUAGCGUGAGAAAUAUCAGGUCUUUGAUGGUUUAAGAGAAUUUGCUGUGGCUGGAGAGAUGGCUCAGUGGCGUAGAGUGAGUUUCACUCUUGCGAUUUGCUUCUAACACACACAUCCGACAGCUCACAACUGCCUGUAACUCCAGCUCCAGGGGAUCAGACGCCCUCUUCUGGCCUCUGGGAGCAUGACACUCAUGUGCACAUACUCAUAUUCCUCUCCUCAUACAUAUAAUUAAAAAAUAAAUCUUUAAAUUUUUUAAAGAAUUCACCAGUAAUUAGUUCUGAGAUUUGUGAGGGGGGAAAUCUCAGGCAAUGUUUAGAUAAAGGUGUGAGUAAUCAUAACUCAUUUAUUAGUCAUUACUAUGAUAAUUCUAUAUUGGUAGCUUGUGAAUAGUUUCUUACUUUGUGGAUUCAUUUUGAUGAUUUAUAAUAGUCUUUUAUUCUCUAGAGAGUUCUUCAUUCUGUAUACCUUUUGAGAUUAUAGGCUUAAUUAUGAACACUAUUUUUAUAAUUAAACAAAAAGGUUCUCUGCAUUUUUUUCCUGUCACUGUUCUCCUUUUGUCUCUAGAGGUUACUUGUUACUUGGUUUUAACCACACACUUACCUGGUUCUUCUUAUUUUUCCAAAGAUCUGGUGUUUGGCUUUAUUUACAUCCCUUCUUUAAUUUGUUAUUUAAUUUUUACAUGUUAAAUUAUAAAAUACAUAUAGUGUUUAGUUCUACCUUUAUUUCUUGUGUCACAUUUUAAGCUGAAUACUUAAAUUCUCUCUGUACUUGCAAUAAUAACAUAUUUAAUAAUAGAAGCAUCCUUUUGGAUAUAACCUUGGCCACGUUUUUGACAUUAUCUAAUCGACAUCCUUGCUUGUUGUGACAAGUGUGUUAGUUUGCUUUCUGUUUAACGACACUUUUGUGGGGGUGGAUGGGAGGGGCCGGGAAGACGGCUCAGGGGGCAAGCGCGCUUGCUCUGAAAACGCGAGAGGACCUGAGUUUGAAUGCCCAGGGUCCGUGUAAUACGCAGCUGUCUGUGUUGAAGCCUCAGCGUUAGUGGCAUCUGGUGGAGACAAUGGCCAGAGCUCUCCGGCCAACCAACUUAGCCAACAAAGCAAGUUUCCAGUUCAGCGAGAGACCCUGCCUCAAGGGGGAAGGUGGAUAGCAGUGGGAGAAGGCAGCCCAUGUUCUGUCCUGAUUUCCACAAGCACAUGCGUGGGUGGGCACCUGCACACUCCCAUGCGUGCAACCAACCCACCUACACAUCCCCCCCACGCAAAAGGGAAAAGUUGUCUAAUUUUUAUGCUGUGCUAAUGUAAACUGUAAUGUAGUUGCUUCUAAUACAAUGUGCAAAGCUUCAGCUAUGGCCGAGGAUAUGCCCAGCCUUUGUAACUGUUCCACGGAUAAUUAAGAGGAACAUUAGCUCUUUGUAGAAUAGAGAACCAUGUGUGUCUGUCAACUCCGACUCUUCGGCCACGCUCCCCAGAUUCACCUGUUACGUGACUUUGGACUGCUGCAUCCAUUAUUUUGAUUUGCCAGUAUAUUUUCAUAAUAUUUACUUUUUAUGUACUCCCUAGCUGUCUAAUUCAAUACAAACAAAUCCAGAACUGUUAUAAUUUGCCUAAUAAAUUUCAAUUGUAAAACACCAGGCAGACAAGGCAUAUAAUAAUCACUCAAUAAAUGCCAGUUAAAACCUGA